GGAAGAGAAAGUGCCGGGAAGGGGAAGUUGGGAGCGCGGCACGGCCAUGGCCACCUCCCCGUUGGACCCCGCUGCCAGCCCCAGCCCCAUUUCCAGCCCCGUCCCGCCGCUGGACCCGCACGCCGUGCCCAUGGUAGCGCUGAACUACGGCGUGCGCCGCCGCCUCGGCCUCUACCUCAACCCGCGGGCGGCCGCGGCCGCGGACUGGACGGCGCUGGCGGAGGCGCUGGGCUGCAGCUUCCUGGAGAUCCGGCGGCUCGAGGGGCUGCCCGACCCCACGGCCACGCUGCUGGAGGAAUGGCCGGGACGCUGCCCCGGCGGGGCCACCGUGGGGCAGCUCCUCGAUGUGCUGCGCCGCUUGGGGCGCGACGAUGUCCUGACGGACCUGGCCGGCAGCGUGGAGGAGGACUGUAAGAAGUACUUGCAGAGGAAGCAGGAAGAGGCCAACCAGCCCGUCCAGGUGCCAGCAGUGGACAGCAGUGUGCCAAAGACAUCAGAGCUGAUGGGCAUCACCACCAGGGAUGAUCCAUAUGGGAGUGGAACAGAGAUAUUUGAUGCCUUCAUCUGCUACUGUCAGAAAGACCUCCAGUUUGUCCAGGAGAUGAUCAAGGAGCUGGAGCAAGCAGAGUUCAAACUGAAGCUCUGUGUAUUUGAUCGGGAUGUCUUGCCAGGAGCCUGUGUGUAUUCCAUCAGUGGAGAACUCAUAGAGAGGAGGUGUCGGAGGAUGGUGGUUGUCGUUUCAGACGAUUACCUGGAAAGUGAAGAAUGUGAUUUCCAGACCAAAUUUGCUCUUAGUCUUUCCCCAGGCAAGGGCUUGGGCUGGGUCCCUUGCCCUGCUCUUGACCUUCCUCAUGUGGCUGCAAGCAAGAAUUUGCCUGUGCUGCACUGCUCCAGCUGUCAGUGGGAUAAUGCUGCCUGCUCCAGAAAUGUCAGAGCUGCAUGUCAGGCUUGUGAAGGGCUUCCACAUCCACAGGAAAAUAGGAAAAAAUGCUGCUCAAGAGACAAGUAGUAUAAUAAAUCCAGGAUGUGCUCGCCACAAGCGGCUGAUUCCAGUCAAGUACAAGUCCAUGAAGAACGAGUUCCCGAGUAUCUUACGGUUCAUUACCAUUUGUGACUACACCAAUCCUUGCACCAAAAAAUGGUUCUGGACCAGACUGGCAAAAU